UACAGUUUUCAGUUUGUUUAUAAACUUUGUGCUGUGCGGAUGUGUCGUCGCGCGUUUGUCGUCUGGGUACAUCGUUCUGGUGAAUCUCGCUACUAGCCACGUACUUUGAAACCACUAGCCAGCCGCUUGGCGAUCCGUUCUGUCCCGUCCAACGUCCCGCCGUCGCUGCCGCUCCGACCAACCCAACGCCCACAUCUGCGCCCACGCGGUCGAGGAAAAGCUGAGGAAAAGCGCGCGCGCGACAAGUGAAGCGCACAGGUUAGCUGUGCUCGUAUGGGUGAAACAGUGAGGAAUUGUGUUUACUUGUGUGAUUUCUUUUGUUUGCUGGCCAAUUGUGGGGCUUAAUUGAAUGCUUGUCUCAUAUGGGCCAACAGAACCCACAGGCCCCCAACACCAACAACAACAACAACAACAACUGCACAAGCCUACUCGAGUGUUUCGCAACGCCAUAAAAAACGCAUAUAUAUUGGAAAUAUAAAAAGAAGAAGAGGUGAAAUACCAAAGCAGUACAUAUACACGCACAUAUCGACGGGACGAGAAGAGAAGCUAAGCCAGAAAUACUGUAUAUGUACAUAUAGCAAAUGGCAUAUAGCAUAUAGCUAUAGCAUACGAAAACCAGUUUUGAACCGCCGCAGCAGAAUCGAAAGCAGCGCAGUCGCAGCGUUUUGACCGAGCCUUUAUGGAAUGUUAUACGAUUGUAUAAACUUAACCAGCUUCAUUUCACAAACAUCACUUCAUACAAGAACUUUGGCGCCUAAGUGAAUUCCAAACAAAUCAGUGCAACCGGCAAAUAAAUAAAUCAUUUGAGGCUUCAACAAACAUAAAAUUAUGCAACCCACCGAACUGAGGAAAAUGAUCCUGAUCGUGGCCAUCGCUGCCAUUAUCCUGGCGAUCGGCGCAGGCGGCGUCCUGGGCGAAAAUACCUCCAGUUGCGGACCGAACUUUCCGGCGGCGUGCAGUUGCGGCCAGGAAAUGUACGAGAGCGAGAUGCAGUACGUGGUGAACUGCACGAACGCAGGAUUGGUGAACACCAGCGUGCUGGAAUUCAUGCCCGACCAGGUGGAGGUGCUGAUCUUCACGGGCAACCGGAUCACUGAGCUGCCGUGGAACGUCUUUGGCAGCAUCAACAACUACAAGCAGCUGCGCAUCGUGGACAUGAGCAGCAACCACAUCCGCGAGAUUCGCGGCAAGAGCUAUCACCAUGUGCCUCGCGUGGAGCGCCUGAUUCUCAACCACAACAAUCUGAGCAUCUCGAGGUACGAGGACGAGGUGAAUCACCAUCACCCACGCGUCUUCUCGAACUUCAUUAAUCUGCAGAGUCUGCAUCUCACCGAUGCCUUUGAGGACAAUAGCUCGCCGCAGCUGAGCGAGGAUCUGCACGACAUCUUUGUGAACAGCCAGUUGGUAAAGUUGCAGAAGCUGCAUCUGGAGCAGAACGAGAUCACGCACUUCAAGGAUCGCAAUGUCUUCUGCGACCUGCCCUCGCUGCGUGACCUCCAUUUGGGCGACAACGAUCUGCGGGACCUCAACUUCGAGGUGCGCUGCCUGAACAAUCUGCGCUUCCUCGACCUGGAGCGCAAUAAGUUUGGCUUUGUGAAGCCGACCGAUCUUCGGGUGCUCAAUGAGCUGGAGGAGCGCCCCAACCGCACGGCCAACUUGAUCGUAGACUUCAACCUUAAUCCCUUUGGCUGCGACUGCCGCACCGCUCCGUUCCGCGCGUGGAUAACCACCACCCGGGUGACGGUGCGCAACAAGGACAGUCUGAUGUGCUUCCAUUCGACGGGACACGUGGACGCCGAGCCCGCUCACCUCCUGCAGAUGGAUAUGGGUCAGUGUGCGGACGCCAUCGCCGCAGCUGCCACAAUACUAAACACCGCAGAGGAUGAGCCGCACUACGGAGACCCGGAGGCGUCUCAUCUCCAGCCUCAGGCCCAUAUCAGCGGUCACACGGCCACUCUGAUCUUCCUGCUGAUCGUACUCACCAUGAUCCUGCUCGGACUUCUGGUGGCACUCGUCUACGUCAGUAGAGACAAGUUGAAAUACAUGAUAACGCCGGUGUUCGACAAUGUGGCCAAGAAGGUGCAGUACACAUCGAUCAAGGACGAAGACUGCCCGGAGGUGCACGUUUAGGAGCUUCACUUCACCCACAGAAUCAACACAAAA